AUCUUCGGCCGGUUCCGGAGCACCGCGGCCCCGGUGGUCCCGCCCCUUCUCUUGAGGGGCCCUGCUCGGUAUUACAGGAAAAUCAGAAAGAGGUUCGAGUCCCGGAUCCUCCAGAAGAGCAGCAGAAAUGGACCCGCUGGUGGCUGCUAUUGACCAGGGAACCAGCUCCACCAGGUUUCUGGUUUUCAACACAAAAACAGCUGAACUGAUUAGUCACCACCAAGUGGAGAUCAAGCAGUGCUUCCCAAAGGAAGGAUGGGUGGAGGAGGACCCCAGAGAGAUCAUGCAGACCGUCUAUGAGUGCAUGGAGAAGACCUGCCAGAAACUCAGGCAGCUCAACGUGGACAUCUCCAACAUAAAAGCUGUGGGAGUGACCAAUCAGAGAGAAACCACCCUGGUUUGGGACAAAGAGACCGGAGAACCGCUCUUCAACGCCAUCGUUUGGCUCGACCUGAGGACACAGUCCACGGUAGAGAGACUCAUCUGCAAAACUCCAGGCAGAAGCAAGAACCACCUGAAGCAUAAAACUGGACUCCCCAUCAGUACCUACUUCAGCGCCGUAAAGCUGCGCUGGCUGCUGGACAACGUGGAUGAUGUAAACAAAGCGGUGCUGAGUAAACGAGCCAUGUUUGGGACUGUGGACUCCUGGAUCAUCUGGUGUCUGACGGGCGGCAGAGACGGAGGGGUCCACAUCACAGACGUUUCCAACGCCAGUCGCACCAUGCUCUUCAACAUCCACACCAUGGACUGGGAUCCUGAACUUUGCAGUUUUUUUGAUGUCCCGAUGGAAAUCCUGCCCAAAGUCAGAAGCUCCUCUGAAAUCUACGGCCAGAUGAAAUCUGGCUCGCUUGCAGGGGUUCCAAUAUCAGGGUGCCUCGGUGACCAGUCGGCAGCUCUGGUUGGUCAGAUGUGUUUUGAGGAAGGUCAGGCCAAAAACACGUACGGGACUGGAUGCUUUUUGCUCAGGAACACAGGAACAAAGCCGGUGAUGUCCGACCAUGGCCUGCUCACCACUGUCGCCUACAAACUGGGGAGAGACAAACCUGCCUGUUACGCACUAGAGGGUUCAGUUGCCAUAGCAGGAGCAGUGGUUCGCUGGUUGAAAGACAACAUGUGUAUCGUGAAGUCGUCCUCAGAGAUCGAGCAGUUAGCAGCUGCAGCAGGGACGUCUUAUGGCUGUUACUUUGUUCCAGCUUUUUCUGGGCUAUAUGCUCCCUAUUGGGAGCCAAGUGCCAGAGGUAUCAUCUGUGGCCUCACACAGUUCACCAACAGGAAGCACUUAGCCUUCGCUGCCCUGGAGGCCGUCUGCUUUCAGACCAGAGAGAUCCUUGAUGCCAUGAACCAGGACUGUUGCAUCCCUCUCUCGGUGCUGGGCGUGGACGGAGGCAUGACGGGGAACAGGUUGCUGAUGCAGCUGCAGGCCGACAUCCUCUGCAUUCCUGUUGUGCGACCCACCAUGGCAGAGACCACAGCUCUGGGUGCCGCCAUGGCAGCGGGGGCCGCUCAGGGGGUGGAUGUCUGGAAUCUGAAUCCAGAUCAGCUCCCACAUGUCACAUCUGAGAAAUAUGAACCUCAAAUCAACACCGAGGAGAGCGAGUUCCGCUUCGCUCGUUGGAAGAAGGCUGUCCAGAAGGCCAUGAACUGGGAGACCACAGAGACCAGUUGCACCAGUGAUGGUGUAGAGAAGAAGACGAACGGCGCCCCCUGCUGGAUCCCUCCCACCCUUGUCCCCAUCAGAGUGGACCCCUAAGGUCAGCAGCAGGGAUUAAACUGAGAGCUUGAAGAUUUUGGUGUGACCAAAGGAAGACGACUGAGCAGGAGAACAACUGGAGGAAAAUUCAGAGGGAAUUCAGGACUUUAGUUCAGGAUGUGGCCUUCCUCUAAUCCGGUCAAAGAUGGAUUUACAAACCAACCUUGGAGCUUCUGAAGGCAGCCAGAGGACAUUUUAUUGAAGGUUUACUGAGACCAUCCAGUCAAAGGGACAUUGUUUUGCUUUGAGUUCUAAUCAAAGGUUAAUGUUGAACCCUGAGCAGAAUCUCAGUCAUUUCAGAGCGAGCAGAACCACCAGAAUCUUUUCCAACUCAACUUUACACUUUUAUUUGCCAACCUAUCAUCCUGGACAUUUGAUUACCCUUCUUGGUGGAGGUAAUUUGGUUUUCAAGGUUAGAUCACACCUUUUGCUUGUUUCAGAACCUUAAUGUUAGUCAGCUUUUCCAGAACCAGUUCGGAUCUGUGUUUGGGAUCAUUGUCCUUUUGGAACAACCAACUGGGUCCAAAUUUCAAUCAUCUAGCUGCUAAAGUUGACUUUGGAGGUAGUCCUCGUUCUUCAUUAUUCCAUCCACUUUGUGCAAUGCACCAUGACCACUGGCAGUAAAACAGCCCCAUAGCAUGGUGCUGCCACCACCAUGCUAAACAGUUGAUACACUUUUCAAUGGUUUGAAGCUUAAUCCUGACUCCACCAAACAAACGUCUUGUCAUUGUGUUCAAACAGCUCAUCGGUUGUCUCCUCUCAAUUAGCCAGACUGUAGCGAGGCUUUAACAGGCUGGGGCAUCCGGUCUGUUUUACUAAUUAUUUUUAAGUUUAAGACAAUGAAUUUUUAAGUUUCCAAAAAAAGUACAAACCCAUCUAUCUGUUUGCUUUUAAUCCUUUUCAUAGUCUGAUGUAUUUCAUUUCCUGAGUUAUAUCGCCACACAAAGGCCUGGCAUAGCUACUGCAACAGACUGGAUCAUACUUGAA